UGUAGGGCCCAGGUGCAUGAUCCCCUCAGGAAAUUACCUCCAAUCUGCUUUACUUUUGUUAUCAAACAAAACAAUGCAUGUAGCUACUAGAGAUAGAUAGUGUUGCUACCAAAGUCUGGGAGAUGUUUUCAUUCAAAGUGCCAGAACUGUAUGAUUUGCAGCAAAGGUAUUCCCAGUUUGAACUGGCAGCUUAAGUCUGACAUUCCCAUACUCAUGUGGAACAAAGAGCCAUGUUUUUAUUUUAUAAGUGGCAAUGAACUUCAUUCUCAGGGUGAAAGAGAAGGUCAGAGACUUCGAAACAAACCAGUGUAUGACUGUUCUCAGCAAAAAACAACAACAAAUUAAACAAACAUUAAAGUAAACAAGAAUUCAAGCCAUCAAGACACUUUUGGCUUCUUCGCUGGUUCACUUCAGUUGACUACAUUUUUUUGUAUUGAUCAUUAAACCAGUCAUGGGAAACUCUGAAGGAAACAGCAACCACAUGUAAGCCUCAGACACAAAUUAAAUCUCCAUGCAGGGUCACAAACACAUUUAAAAUGUGUGCAGUGACCUGCAAUAAGGUUUAACUCAUUGUUAAACCUGUAUUGUUCUCUGUAACUUGGUAACCAGAGUUUUACUUAGACUGUGGUGCACUUUAAAGUUGGACAGAGGAGUGUUAUGUUUGAGACAUUGCAGUGUGUUUCUAAAGCUCCCGCACCAACAACUGCGAUCCAUGCCUGUUUUCUCUUAAGGUUUCCUCACUAGUGGAUUUGCCAUGAGAUCUGAGAGCAAAGCCCUUCAUCAAUCAAGCACUUUGCCCUCUAUUUCGGAUGCACACUUAUUACCUGUUGCUGUCAGAAAGGCAGGGGAGGCAGUCAAAGCUGAGCCCUGGAGGAAGAAGGGAGGAAUUCAAGACGGUGGUCCAGACCUAGACCAAGAGGCCAAAGCCAGACGUCAGGCUCAGCUGGAGCAGCGCCAUCUAGAGGCGUACAGGAACAUGCACCGUCUCCGAAAUGCCCUCUAUCGCCGCUAUGCUGCCCUGCUCAGAGACAAGGUCCACUUGCAGAGAUUAGUGCUAAAGCAGAGAGAUGAGACAGCCAGAGCAAAGUCAGAGAGUGACACUAAGCAGAAACAAAAGAAGUUGGCCUUCUCCAAGCUGCAGCACAAUAACUCAUACCUGAAGUCCCUCCCAAAAACCAGCUAUUACCUGAUCUUUGACCUCCAGAAGCAGUUAGCUGAGCGUGGACAUCUGAAAACCCACCACGACUUGGAGGACUUUUAUAGCUGCAUCAAAUAUAGCCGUCACCCAUCACAGCUACAAAAAAGUCUGGAGGAUGUCAGGAAAAUGAUGCUGGAAAGCAGAUCUGCAGCUGAUUUGAUGACUCAAUACGAGAUGUCAGAAAAACAUCCCUGCACCGCUGAAGAUAGAGGACAUGAGGACUGCAUUUCCCAGUCCAGGUUAUUAGAGCACAGGUCUGGUCCAGAGGAGAGUUCAUCUGAGCUGAUCUUCAGUGGCAGCCAGGAGGAGGACGAAUUUGAGCAAAUGUUUCCCAAGAUGAAAGCUCCCACAUUUGCAACCCUACAGCCAAACAUUAUGAGGAACUUCCAAAGCAAGAUGCCUGAUUUGAUUAUCCCUGAGAUCCCUGAGAAGAGCAGGAAAGCAGAGAUUUACUUGAGACGGCUGAGACAAAUGCACGGUCUUUGUUUAACCAACAUGGCUUUCUCCCAAAGACUGCUGGACAGGGAGACAGACUCACUGUGCUGGCAGGAGGAGCGAGGAGACCGCGAUUUGCUGCUUCCAGUCAUUCACUCCAAACAAGAGAAGACGAGCCAAACCAACCAGCCACCUCUCUGCUCUCCGAAACAGCCGAGAAGUUCCCAGAAUAACCGACCUUCAUGUCCCCAGCCUCUGAGCAGAAUGACCUCGGCCAGCCACCAAUGUCUUGAGACUCUGGUUUUGGACACACCAUUGCACCGCCGCAAAACUCAUGAUCCCUUAUCCAUUGAAGACGUGUGUCAACAAAAGCAUGUCGAGAUAAUUGACCGUGGGUUUAAGCUAUGGAGAAACUAUUCAGAAAACACAGAUCACUGAAGAUAUCACCACCAUUGCACCUCUCCAAUGUGCAGUUAUUACUGUGUUUACACUGAUUAACUACUAUCAUAUACUUUUAUACUUAUGCUACUUAACUACAAUACUAUAUCAUAUUUUAGAAAUUAUUAAAUGAUUGUAAUAUGUCAGUUUUGUUUUAAGUUAUGUAUACAAUUAAGUCCUUAAUUAAAAGUUGUGCUAUAAUAACAUUAAAUUAUUUGAACUGUGA